AAAACGGCAACAUUUUCUCUACGCCACAUGGCAAAAUGUGCAGAAUUGCAGGAAAUUAACCCUAAAACUUCAAUUUUGUCUCUCCACUGUCAAGAGGGGAUCCGCUAAAAUCAUUUGCUGGCAGAGUGGGGGGCAGGCCCCAACAAAAUGUUGCUUGGGGCCCCCAAAACGCAAGGGCCGACUCAGACUACAUGUGUGGGUAUGGAUGUGGGAAUGAAGACCCGCGAGCCACUGCGGCCCCUCAUGAUGAGUUCAGAUUUUUUUGGCCCCCACGCCCAUAAAAGUUGCCGAUCCCUGGCAUAGAUAUUCUAUUACAAUACUACAGUAAAUGUACCAGGAGCUGGCGAGUCAGCACUUUGAGUCUAGACAAUGGGAACCUGGUGAGCAGGCUUUAUAUCUCAACAACAAGGUCGGAGGAAGUUGAAUAGAAUAACAUUAUUUAAUAAGUUGUGGCAUUCAGGUUAGAUAAUAAAGACAUCACAAUGUAGACAGAUGGUGGAUUUAAUUGAAUGUUCAAUUUUAGAACAAUCUUUCCCGGCUGUUCUUUUACAUUACAGUCCACCAUAGUUGAGGCUCAUGCUAAGUGCAAGAACAUCGUGUCAUGGGUGAAGGAGGACUCUUCAACAGUGGUGGUCCCUGCCCUUGAUCUCAUCAUGUACAGGCAUUUGCCCUGGACACCAUCAUCAUCAUCAUCAACUUCCUCCUCCUGGUCUUCAGUCGUAAUCAAUGAAGCAGAUCUGGAAGCGGCCUCCAUAUGCCGCAGCGUCAGAUUCAACCUUGGGCCAAGUCAUGGGCCAAGCGAGGUCACCAGCCCUAGAACUGGUGCCAGGACACGGAACCCAACUCCCUUCCCCUCCCCCCUUUCGUCAGAGGAGUCUUUGGGAAAUGAGGAAGAAGAUGACAACCCAAGAAGAUAUUCCUCAGCAUCUGAGAACGGAGAUAGAGAGGAUUGGGACAGAUCCCGCUCAGACCCCCUGAGGUCUGUGUUCGGACUGUCUCACAACUUUAUCUUCAGUCAGGUUCACAGAGACGCCCGCAGGUCCCUGAGUGAGGUCAUACUGCCAUCCAUCCAGAGGAGACCAAAGAAGAUGAGGCCUAUUAUUCUGUCUGCGGACACCAGGCUGAUCAUGGCCAUUGUGGAGAUCAUCUUCAAGCAGAUCAACGCCAGACUAGCCCAGCUCAUGCUGAUAGGAGGUGCCAGUCAGGGAGCCGAAGCUCCUUCCACCAGCAUCAGCUCACCGAGCAGUCAGUUUGCUGAGCAGAUGCUGCGGACAAUCACAACCACAAUGAAUGGCCAUACUAUGGGACAGAUGGCGCUCACUUGGCUGUCUGGAAAGUCCGCUAAGGAGAUUGAGAGAGAGCUAGGACGACUGGCAGGUCAGGUCAUUGUUGCAACCAUCAGCAGCAUCCAGAGGGCGAAGAGCGACGCUCAGACAGGACAUGAGGUGCGGGUGUCCUACUUCCUGUCAGCGGUGUCGGCCGAGGUGCAGAGUCUGGUGGUCCAGAGAACGGAGACCAGGAUGUCAGGAAGCGACCACCUGCUGAACCUGUCUCGGGCAAAGAUCAACAGGGCCGUCGAGCUGAAAAUGGCUGAAAUGUACGGUGGAUCCCUGUGGGAUUGGUCCCUGACAGAACAGAAUAUCCAGCUAGGUCAUGACAGAAUCACUGCCAUGUCCAAUGAUUUGGUGGAUUUGGUGGUCGAUGAUACCCUGGAUGCCCUUGGUUAUCUAGAGAACCAGGCAUUUUCCAGGUCCCAGAGCGCUGGCUCCCGGACAGGGAUUGAAGGCCUCGACAUUGAUGGUGUGGCAAGGGACAUGGUCCGGGGAAAGCUGCAGCCAAACUCAAGGCAUCCAUCAGUGUCAGUCAGAACUGCCCUGCAAGUGAUAAAAACAGAGCUUGACAGCAACUCAGACGAGUCCUUUGUUCCAUGCCAGAUGUCUAGAAACCUUCUAGCACGUCUAGUGUCGAGUGUCGAGAGCAUCAGCGAUCUGGAAAUUGGUGAGAUGCUCCAGGGCCCCUCAGCAAUAAUGGAGCCGGAGGCUGUGAGAGAACACCCAGACAUAUCCUCCACUGCCAUCUACCACGCCCUGCUCAUUGAUUGUCCAUUCCCACCAUCAGAGAGGAUUCAGGAAACAAUUAUUCUAAGCCGUCCACUCACUGCACAGGAUGUGACCACACAGGGGGAAAAGCAGCAUCCUGCUGACCUUCAGACCGACAACCUAAUGGCAGAAUACUCUGCCAAGGCCCAAGGGGUAGUGACUCAGGUCAUAAGAGAUGCUUCUUUGACCAUGGACAUCCUGUCAGCCCACGUCUCCUCAAGGAACAUUGCUGAGGCCUCAACUAGCAUUCUUGAGUCCCUUCUAGUGGACUUAAACGAGGCAAUUGAGGUGAGUAGGGCAGGUAGGAUCAAGUUCUGGGAACAGGUUCAGUUAUCCUCCCAGAAACUUUACAGCACAGCUGUGAACGAGCUGAAGAGUUUGUACACUGGUUGCCACCUCACCAAUGAGCGGGACCACCAGGAUACCCAUUUAACUGCUGACAAAAUCCAGGACAUGGAAGUGUCUACCAACAAUGACCUCAAAGACCCAACAGUUGCAGUCAGCCAGGAGUCAGUCAGACACAGCGCCAAGAAGAUCCUCAGCAAGGUUCUGAAUGUGAUCAAGGCCGGAGUAGCUGCCUCAGAGCACUCAUCUGUGGGUGAGCAGAUGACCGAAGAGUGGCAGGUUGCCAUGGAGAUGUUUGACUCCAUUCUGAACAGGCUAGAAGAUGAUGAGCCUGAUGUGGGUGAAGAGGAUCAUCUUCAUGUGAUGUCGGUCCAUGACAUCUACCAGGAUGUCUCAUCUAAAACCUCUCAGGUUUGUAUGGCGGUGACUGGCCAGGCGAUGGACACGCUGACCGAUGAUGUGUCAGCCGCGACCUCUGUGUGUGGUAAGUAA